AGGAUUGGUGUGACAGCGGUUAGAGGGGCGGGCUUAGUGCUAUUCUUGAAAUCCUUUUGCGUAGCGCAGCUGUAUCGGCGAGAACUCGGCGUUGUGAUGCAUCUGCUCCGGCGAUGUGUCACAGGAACUCGGUGAUCUCUCCUCUCUGCUCUCACUCCAUCUCUCCGCUCCUCGUCCACUCUGCUUCGGAUUAAGUACUUUCAACACAAUGGGUGGAUGUUGUUUGUGCUUCUCCAGACUUCACUAGUCUCCACAUACAACCCAUCAGAGAGUAUAUCUUUUGAGUCUUUACUGGAUCAGACGAGGGGAUGGCACAGCUAGAGGAGUCUCAAACCGAAGGAGAGGGCAGCCCCCAGAUGAUCUCCUUGAGAUCAGACGCAUCGGGGAACCAUGUGGACGAUGGAGAAGUGGGACCCUCUAUAAGGAGGAAGAGGAGGAAGAAGAAAGACCAGCGUCCAGAGUCCAUUAUUGUGUACCGCUCUGACAUGGAGAGGGGACCUGGAGAGGACGCGAGCGGAGAGGAGGGAGCAGAGAGGAGCGCUGAGGAGGGAGCGAAAUUCCUCUGCACGCCCACAAGCGAUGGUGGAGGUUGGAGCCUUCCUCCAGACAGCCGUUACGUGACCCUGACAGGCACCAUCACCCGGGGCAAGAAGAAGGGUCAGGUGGUGGACAUACAUGUCACUUUGACAGAGAAGGAACUCAGGGAUCUGGCCAAGUCGAAGGAACGCCUCGAUGCAGAGUGUGAGGCAGGGGAAGGUGCCAAACGCACCUGCAGCUUAAGUGUGUGUCAGGGACCCCACGUUGUGCUGUGGAGCAUCUCCUGCGCCCCUGUGGUUUUCCUCCUCUCCUUCAUCACCUCCUUCUACUACGGCACGCUCACAUGGUACAACGUCUUCCUGGUGUACAACGAGGAGCGGACGUUCUGGCACAAGAUUACAAUAUGCCCCUUUCUCAUCAUCUUCUACCCCAUGCUCAUCAUGCCAGUGGCGUUGUCUCUGGCUCUCUACUCCGCUGUGGUACAGGUGUCCUGGGCCUUCGGUGAAUGGUGGCAGGUGGUGCGAGAUUUGGAGAAGGGCUUCUGCGGCUGGGCCUGCGGGAAGCUGGGACUGGAGGACUGUUCCCCCUACAGCAUAGUGGAGCUGCUCGACUCUGACACAGUCUCUGGCACCCUGCAGAGCAAGGCCCCCAGUGAACUCGCCCAGACCUCAUCGGUGUGAAACAGGGUGACGCAGAGGUCCAAGACACAUAGAGGGGAUGGCGUCAAAGUUGCAGGUGCUUUUACUAAUUUGUCUGAAAUUCAACACGUGAGAUUGGUUCAGAAACAAAGGACAAACAAGUGAAAGGAAUUUUAAGUUAAAUUUUAAAGAAAUUUGAUUAGAAGCAGUUCGAUGAAAACAUCAUCUCAAGGUCGACCUACUUGACUUAUUGAGGUUUUGCUGAAAGCUCCAGAUGAAAGAAAUUCCAUUGAACUUCUUGUCAAAAGAACAGGGAAGUAUUUUAGCGACUCCACUGUUCUUUUCUGUAAAUGAUUAUUUAUUAAACACUGCCUGAACUGUCCGAAGUGACUGGACUAUCGUUACACAACUAUUGUUAAAGCAUUGAGCUCUGAGCCUGGGAGUGGUUUUCAUUGUUCUUUUUUUUACGUACAUGUAAUGGUCACAGCUCCCUCAGAUCACUAACCUCAAAUAAUGACAGAAAAGCACUGCACCUCAGAAGAAGUUGGAACUGAUACAUGUGUUCCUGGAAACCUGUGUUAGAUCAUUUCACUUUAUCUGUAAAUAUGUGUAUUUAAAUGCAUGUGAUCACUGUGCUGUGCUGUGCAGCGACAUCAAAGGCCACAUCUUAUAUGCUCAGUUCAAUCCAUGAAGUUAUAGUUGGAAAAAGGCUGGAACACCAACUGGGAAAAUUGGGCAGCUGCCUCAGGGUCACAGAUCCAAGCUGAAUGUGUGUCAGUUCCAAUUGAAAUUUGCCUAAUUACUAUUUAGAUUGGAAAUAUGCAUGACUGAUUUAUGGUCAACAAUGUAAAUUACUACGUUUACUAGACUAAAACAGUAAGUAACUGAAGAUGGGCAAGGUUUUUUAUGGGACUGUGUGUCACCAUCUAGUUUUUAAAGUGCAACACUAGAAUUACUCUACUUUUCUUGUUGUGAAUAACAUUCACAAAGACUGAAGAUUUAAAACUUUACAUUAUUCUUUAUGAUAUUAUACCUAAAUGAUGUCACCAAACAAACUGAAACACUUCAAACUUGAUCUUCUAAAGUGUGAGUACUGGUUGGUUUCUCUAAUUAUAGGGUAAUGAAGCUGCGAUGUGCAUCAUGCUGUUUGCUCACUUUGAGUUGACAGAGCACACAAACAAGAAAGCAGAGAUUGAGAGAAAUGGAGGAAGCCAUAGCCAGGACAAGCUGACAAAGCAUUUCUUUGGUGUAAUUUUGUUUCCAUGUGUUUGAGGCACUAUCAAAAAAAGAUGUUUGUAAUCGGCCUGGAUUUGGGGCCUAUUCUACUUUUGUUGUCUUCACAACUGUGGUCCACACACACGAGUAAAAUGAAGUUUUCUGUAAUUUUCUACCUGUCAACUGUUCCAUUUCAUUACAGACACAUUUUAAAUGUUGCUUUAAUUUAUUUUA